AUGAAUAUUUUGUUGCAGCAUCAUGCAGAUCCUAAUAAGGUUUUCCGCCUUGAUAGUACCCCGUUAAGGCUGGCCAUGAUUUCUGAAUCGCUGGAAUGUGUGAACCUACUCAUUAAGGCUGGCGCUGAUGUGAAUAAAAUUGACUAUACUGGUGUUACUUACUUGAUGAUAGCAGCGGGCAAUGGCUUAUCUAAUAUCCUGAAAUGCUUACUAGAUGCUGGCGCUAACCCAGAUAUUGAUGAUGGGUUUGGUACAACUCCAAUCGAAAUUGCCGCCCUCCAAGCCAGAUGGGAUAUGGUUGCGAUGUUAUUUCCUUUAACUUCUCCCAUUUCAAGAUUGCCGGAUUGGAGUAUUGAUGGAAUUAUUUCUCAUGUGCAAUCUUUUGGUUUGAAGCCGAGGGAUAUACAUCUACGUGAAGCGAAAAGAGCUGAACUAAAGUUGCAAGCUACAGAGGCUUUUAAGAGAAAGGAAUAUAUCAUAGCAGGAGACCUAUAUACUUGUGCAAUGAGUUUUCAGCCUAGUCCAAAAGGUCUUGCAAACCUGCUAGCACAUAGGAGUUUCUGUAUGUUGCACGCGGGAAUAGGAAAAGAGGCUCUCUUCGACGCUGCUAGGUGCACAGUGCUACGACCUCUUUGGCCCAAAGGUUACUAUCGGCUAGGAGCAGCCUUCAUGUUGCUACAGGACUAUGGAAAAGCAGCUCAGACGUUUGAAGCUGGCUUGAAACUGGACCCUACAAAUGCGGAUAUGGCAAACGCUUUAAGGGAAGCCCAAGAGACGGCGAGGAAUCCUCCUCGCACCAGGGGGCUGGAGUGCCUUCACCCAUUUGGAAUGAGACGUUCCUGGAGUGAUUGA